GGAUCAAAACAUGUGUUUAGCAAAAUUCAAAAACAUGUUUUUGUUUACAUAAAGUAGUUUUUUUACUCUGUUUUCAUCUUGUUAACAAUUUAUUUAUUGUUUUAGUCUUUAUUUUUCUAUUUCAAUAAUCAAAAAAAUAUGAGUUCCAAAACUAAAAAAAAUAAUAAAUCUAAGAAAAUUAGAAAGAUAACAUUUCUCCAAGGGAAAGAGGGUGAAACUCUGACUAGUUUUAAACAAUCUGAUGGACAAGAAAUCAACUCAUUUUUCUCUGGACUCAUUUCAAACCAUCCUGAAUGUGCUUUUAACAAUCAAAGAUUUAAGAAACCGGAAAAAGUGACGACAACAGAAGAAGCUGAUAACGAUAAAGUUGAAGAAGCCAAAAGUAAGAAUCCUAUCAAAGAUGAAUUGAUAUUUGGAAUUACAGAAGUUAUGAGAAAAAUUCAAAGAAAUUUAGUGAUUGGUGUUGUUAUAAGUGACCCAUUAACUAUUCAUUUACAAGCCACUCUACGUGAUUUAUGUCAAGAAUUUGGUGUUGCAUAUUUAAUAUCAAAAAACUUGGAUAAUUUGAGCAAUAUUUUAGGGAUUUCGAAACUGGCCUGUUUUGGUUUAACAGAGAAAGUCAAAGACCCAUUAUCAUUGUGCCAUCCAUUAUUUCAAACUUUUAAGCAACUCACUCAAAAUCCAUCCCAAGAAAUUAUUCAAAAAAGUUCAACUCUCACCAAACAACAAACCAAAAGUGAUGCAAUAAAAAAAUCUAGUGGAGAUGAAUUUGUAUUUGAUAUGCCACCAGAAGAAAAUUUCUUCAUUGAAGUAGAAGAAGCAAAUACACCGAGUGAAAUUGAGAAAUUUAGUGAUGAAAAUACCCCGAAACUUAAAAUGGCUGAUUUUAUCAAUGUGGAGGAAACCACCAACUAUUUUCCAUCAAGAAGUUUUUUCAAACACAUUGAUUUAACAAUUCCAUGGGUUGAUGUCAAAGCGGAAACGAGAAAAAUAUCAAAUUUAGGACAACAGUUAUAUGAAACAAACUCAUUCAGACUUCCAAAGACGAUUCAGUUAAAUUCUUCUGGACGAACAAAAACUAAGAAGAGAGAACAGAAUAAAAAUAAAUGAAAAUUUUGUAUUCAUACUA